AUGAGCUCGGCGCAGGUGGCCGUCAAUCCCAGAGCACCGGGCCCGGUCAACGCCAGCGGCCAUCGCGGCCACCGCAGCCACCGCGGCCACGGCCACGCCCGCCACCGCGCAGAGUCCACGCCAACACCAGCGCCACGACCCGCGCCUCGCCAGGACGAGCAGGACUCGACGUCGGUCAGCUCGGGAGAGGAGGGUGCCACGCCACUGAUGUACGCGUGCCAACAGGGCCGUGAGCUUGACGUGCGCGCUAUGCUGCAGUCAAAGCCGAACCUGGCGCUGGAGCGUGACCGCACAGGCAAGACGGCACUGCACUACUGCGCCGAGCAGGCGGGGCCCGCCUCGGCCGCCCCAAUUCUACAGGUGGCGCCGCACAUGCUGGAUGCCAAGGACCAGGACGGCUACUGCACGCUCACGCUCGCCGUCAUCGCGGGCAACAGGGCGCUGGUCCGCUACCUGCUGGCCCGGGGAGCCGACGUGGACGCCCUGGACAACGAGAAGCACUCCGUCGUGCACUGGGCCACGGUGUGCGGCGAGGCGGCGGCUCUGGAGCUGAUCCUGGGUGGCGGUGCCCGUGCCUCCACGCCCGACCUGCACGGCGGCUACCCGCUGCACUACGCGGCGCAGCUGUGCGGCCCGCAAGGCGCCGACCUGGGGCUGGGCGCCGUGCUGGACAGGGGCGCGGGGCUGGCCGUGCUGAGGGCGCUGCUCGCCGCCGGGGCUCCCGUCGGCGUGCACGACCAGGACGGCAGGCAGCCCAUCUUGUGGGCCGCUAGUGCAGGGUCGGCGGACGCGAUCCUGGCCCUGGUCAACGCGGGCGCCAAUGUGGAAGCUGACGACAAGGAUGGGCUCACUGCGCUGCACUGCGCGGCGAGCCGCGGACACACGGACUGCGUGGAGACGCUGGUGGGGCUGUGCGGCGCCGACGUGGACGUCAUCGACUCCAACGGCUGCACGGCGCUGUUCUACGCCGUGACGCUGGGCCACGCGGAUUGCACGCGCGUGUUGCUGGCGCACGGCGCGGAGCCCAACCGCCAGGACCGCAAGGGCAGGACCGCGAGCCACUGCGGCGCGGCCAAGGGGCAGCUGGAGACGCUGCGCAUCCUGGCGGCCCACGGCGCCAACCUGUGGCUGCGCAACGUCCGGGGGGACUUCCCUCUGCACGACGCCGUGCAGUCGGGGCGCCGCGACCUGGUGCUGUGGCUGCUGCAGCAGCGCGCCGACGCCGUCAACGCGCCCAACAACGACGGCCGCUGCCCGCUGCACAUCGCCGCGCUGCACAACAACGUCGAGAUGUGCAAGGUGCUGCUGGACUGCCACGCGCUGCUCAGCCCCGUGAUGCGCUCGCCGAGGCAGCAGCUGCUGACGCCCUUGGACGCGGCGCUGCACCGCGGCAACCGCGGCGUGGCCAAGUACCUGCAGCUGCACGGCGGCGUCCCCGCCAACAGGCUGACGGAGCGCACGGCGCAGCUGCGCGGCGGCCAGGGCCAGGGCAGCGAUCGACUGACAAUAUCCGAGCCCGCCGGCCUCAACUCCCCCGACGUGACUGCCCAGGCGGCGCGGAACAGGUCGGUGGGCAACAGCCCCGCCAGCUUCUUGCCGGCCGCCACCGAGACAAGGACGUUCCAGGUGCGGCUCAACGACGACGUGGCCAUCCGCCACGUGGAGCACAUCGACGUCAACGGCGGCGUGGUGCUCAGCAGUGAUAUCCUGCGCUGGCGGGAGAGGGAGAAGGAGGACAAGCGCCGCUCCCUGUCGGGGGACUCACGCCGCGUGCCGUCGGCCGCGUCCAGGUCGCCGUCGGAGGACUCGGAGGACUCGGACAGCGGCAGGGCGGCGCGCGACCGCCGCACCAGUGGCAGGGCCAGUGGCAGAGCCAGGAGCAGCGCCAGGGCGGCCAGCGAGGACGACGGCGUGCGCAGGGCCGGGUUCAGCGAGUCCGGGCGCCACGCCGUCGACGGCGACCCCGAACAGGGGAACAGGAAGCGCGAGCGCUCGCGGCUCCGCACCAAGGACGACGUCCCGGAGGACGCCGCCAAGGAGGGAGGAACGACCAGGAAGACCGGGUCCGCCCCCAAGAAGCGCGUCACGUACAAGGCCGUGGCCAGGACGUCCACCUCCGAGCUGGACGGCAGUGAUGACAGCGACCGUGAACGCAGCAGGACGGCGUCCUCCGUGACGACCACCGUGACGCUGCGGACCGAGCACGUCCACCCACAGGGGCACGGCGAAAGCGCGGAGCACGUCCACCAUGAGGCCGAAGGGGCAAACGGCAUGCCGCAGGACGGCGAGCCCGAGUCGCCGGAGGAGCACGACGCAAAGGGAGGCAGGCCCAGGACCACCGUGGUGACCGCCAUGGUGCACCAGGAGGACGGCGGUCACGAGGAGGGGCCGCGGGACAGCAGCAAAGACGACAAAGGCAAUCGAGACCGCGGCCGAGGUCGAGGACGGGGUGCUGCAGGUCGCGGCGGCGCGGCCGAGACCGGGAGACGCGCGGCCCCGAGCCGCCACGGACGCGUCCAGGAUCACGACGUGGACACCGGCGGCGCUGACGUCAGCGGAGUGGUGAACGGCGACGACGUGGAGACGGUGAUGGGCGCGGACGCGGCGAGCCUGCGACUCAAGGGCGACGACGAGGACGCGGAGGCCGCGGAGGAUGAGGAGGAGGCCGGGUCGGAGCCCUCCACGGGCAGGAGUCGCAACAACGAGCAGCUCGUGGACUCGGGCCUGGAACCGUCGCCGCGCAGGGAGAAGCCCUCCGCAGACGCGGCUUCCGCCGACAGCAGUCCGACGCGGGGCGACGGCCGCGUCCCCAGGAUAUGCCGCCGGCGAAAGGACAGGCCGGGGUCGGCUGGCGACACGGAAGAGGUGUCCGUGACGCGGGCGGUGCAGCUCAGCAUGCGCAAGUACCACCUGGAGCGGCGCAUCUUCCACGAGCUGCUGGAGCUCAAGCGGCUGCAGAUCCGUGCGGGCCGCGCCAACGAGCAGGUCCUCGUCAAGCGGCUGGUGGACGACUACCGGCGCGCCGGCAUGGGCGUGGGGCUCACGCCGUUCGCAGGCACCUACACCUUCCGCAGCUUCGAGAAGUACCUCUACGACCAACUCCGCGCGCUGCAGAGCGACAACAGGCGCGUCAUCCCCCGUCUGCAGUCCACCGACGAUUUGGAAAAGCUGACGGCAGCGCUGCGGCGGACGCGGCCGCCCCAGAGCCUGAGCCAUAGCCACGACAACCCCCUGCAGUGCACCUCUUCCACGCACCGCUGCCACCACGCCGUGCACGCCUACAGCGGCGUCCCCUGCGCCGCCUACAUCCCCAAGCUGUCGCACCACUACAUGCCCAAGGACGGGCUGUACUCUGGCUUCCUGCCGCACAUCGAGGGGGCGUCGGCGCGGCCCUCGCGCACGGCCCCCGUCACGCUGGAGCUGAGCCACGGCCCGGAGAAGCAGGUCAUCUCGCUGCCCACCGAGCACCUGGCCAAGAACAAGCGGUACUACGUCACCUUCACCAUCAAGGGCGGGCCGCAGGGCUCCACGGCCGCCACCACGGCCGCCACGACCGCCGCCACCACGCCGCAGCCCCCGAGCUCCGAGACGCAGGACGGCGCGCCGCCCGCCUCGGGGCAGGGCCAGGCUCAGGGCCAGGCUCAGGGCCAGGCUCAGGGCCAGGCUCAGGGCCAGGCUCAGGGCCAGGCUCAGGGCCCGGGGCCGCCGAGGCACAACAAGAGCUUCUAG